CUCUGUAGGAUGGGGACCAGCAGACUUCAACAAUGGAUAUCCACGAUAAGUAUGUCUUUGGACGAGAUGAGGUAGAGUCAAAGCGCCUCGAUCUCCAACACAAACUCCUCGUCAAAGUAUCCGCAAAUACCCUCAUCCACCCCACAAUCCCAACAGAGAACAUCCAUGCAAUUGCAGAUAUAGCCACCGGAACUGGAAUCUGGCUCGAAGACGUCUCCCAAUUCCUAAACCUAACCACCCCACACAUCCAACGCUACUACCACGGCUUUGACAUCUCGUCUGAACAAUUCCCCACCUCCAAUCCGGAAUCCAUCCACCUAUCUAUCCAUGACUUGACGGUGCCGUUUCCAACAGAACACCAUAAUCGGUAUGACCUCGUCCAUGUACGUCUUCUGGUUGCUGCUCUGGAGGAAUCGGAAUAUAGAGUCGCGAUUACAAAUAUUUAUGAUAUCCUGAAACCAGGCGGCCACCUCCAAUGGGAAGAACUCGACUCCGAAACCUACCUCACCAAAGACAACAACCCCGUAAUCGAAGAACUCUACCGGUGCUUCGACUACGGGUUCCGCGCCGAGGGGAAAUGUUUCUCUGCUUCUGCGAAAGUCUACGAGGAGAGUAAAAUGGUGGGCUUUGUGGAUGUUGAGAGAGUGGUGUAUGAUUCUCAGAGGUUUCCGGAGCUGCGUGAGGAUACGGAGAAGAGGUUGGUUGCUAUUAUUAGGUCGUUGUAUGUGAGACUUUUGGUUAGGUCGGGGCAGGUAGGUAGUGAGGAAAUUGCGAGGGGGAGGGCGGAGGAGUUGGUCGUUAGGCUUGGGGGGCUUUGUGAGGGGGGAUUAGCGUCGCCGGGGGUGAAGUUGAUGAGGGUUUUGGGGAGGAGGCCUUUGGAGAGUUUACCUUGA